AUGGAUGAUCCUCCUGUGAGAGGGACCAGGUCCAUUGCUGACAUCUAUCAAAAAUGCAAUGUGGCUAUAGUUGAGCCUUCGAGCUUUAAAGAAGCCAUGAGAAAUGAGCAUUGGAAGAAGGCCAUGGAGGCUGAGAUUGAUAUGAUUCAUAAAAAUGACACUUGGGAUCUAAUGGUUAGACCUGAUCAAAAGAAGGUCAUAGGUGUCAAGUGGGUUUUUAGAGCCAAGUUUAAUUCUGAUGGCUCAUUGAACAAACACAAGGCAAGGCUUGUUGUGAAAGGGUAUAGCCAGCAGUUUGGCAUUGAUUUUGUGGAGACAUUUGCUCCAGUAGCAAGGCUAGACACCAUCAAGCUUCUGUUUGCCUUGGCUGCACAAAAGCAAUAG